GCUGCAAUGUCAAUGCCAGAAACAUCAUCUCAUUAUCAUCAAGGACAAAAGAGGAGAAUCGGAAGAAUUUACCACUAUGCAAGCAGAGGAAAAGCGCACCAAAUCUACAGUUGAUUUGGCUUCGUUAGAUGCUACGGCAAGAGUCAAACAAUUGGCUACUUACGGUGCUAUGGUUGAUGUAGACCCUAAUGUGCCACCCAGGAGGUACUACAGAUCAGGUUUGGAGAUGGUUAGGAUGGCAAAUGUGUACCUAGCAGAAGGCAGCCUUGAAAAUGCGUACAUACUGUAUAUGAAGUUUAUGACAUUGUUCCUGGAGAAGAUUCGUAAGCAUCCGGAGUAUGUGUCCGUCCCAGUUGAAGUGAAAUCUGUUAAUCAAACAAAUCUGAAAGAGGUCAUGCCCAAAGCAGAAAAACUUAAGCAGAGACUUCUGGAUCAAUAUACUAAAGAACAUGCAGCAUAUCUAGAAAAUGAGGCCAAGAGACGCAAAGCAGAAGAAGAAAGGAAAAAGCAAGAAAGGGAAGAUGCUAAGCUGGCUGAGAGGCUGCAAGCUGAUGAGAACAAAAGAGACACAAACCCAACAACACCUCACCUGCUUCAUGAUGAUCAGUGGGCGGUGUCGCCGUCAGCCCCACCCGUGGACGGCGUGCUGUACCCAGAUGACUUCGCGAACUACCAGCCUGUGCCGCCGCUCAUCCCACCUGCGAAACCCCAGGCCGGCAGCACGAGCGUGGAGUCGCUGUACGGCGCGUCGCGGCUGCGGCCGGUGCUGGUGCCGGCGGCGCUGCUGGCGCGCUUCCUGCGCCUCGCCGCCGCCAACACCGCGCGCAACGUCGAGACCUGCGGCAUACUCGCCGGGAUACUCGAACGCGACCAGCUGAAGAUCACGCACGUGGUGGUGCCAAAGCAGACUGGUACAGCCGACUCGUGCAGUACCAACAAUGAAGAAGAGAUCUUCCACUAUCAGGAUCAACACAACCUUAUCACUCUCGGGUGGAUACAUACUCAUCCGACUCAGACAGCGUUCCUCUCAUCCGUGGACCUUCACACGCAGUGUUCGUAUCAGCUGAUGAUGCCCGAGGCUAUUGCUAUAGUUUGCGCGCCCAAAUAUAAUGAAACUGGUUACUUUGCAUUAACGCCAGAAUAUGGAAUGCAGUUUAUCACGAAUUGCAGACAGAGUGGGUUCCAUCCACAUCCAAAUGAUCCCCCACUCUUUCAUACUGUAACACACAUCCGCGUGGACGACUCUGCGCCAGUAGAAGUUGUUGACCUCAGGAGAUGAGCAUCAAUACAGAACGAGUUUUCAAAUCCUCCACUACUGCUUACGUUCACUGUUAGUGCAUUUACCUCGCUUUAUUUUUGUAUCUAUUGUAUAGAGAUAGCCCAAUUUAAUAAACUAUCUGUAUAUCGGCCAGAGAUAGGAGAAUAUAAAAAAAUAUAUGACCAUAACUGGUUGAGUAUGUACAGGUUGUUUAUUAAUUGUGGGCUGUUAGUAAUUAGUGGUUGUAUUCAAUUAUGAAUCGCGUGGAUGUUAUUUGUAAUAUAUUAAUUGAUACUAGGAAAGCAUAAAUCCUUAGGGCUAAGAGAAAGAGUUUGAGUUGUAGUCAUAUUUUAAUUCAUAAAGAGUAGAGUACGAUUGGUUUGACUGUAGUCCGACUGAACACUGACGUUGUCUGUGACACUGUUUGACAGUUGUUCUCUCAAUCUCUCUCGUUUUUUGUUAUGAUUGUAAUGGCUAUGAUACUGUUAUGCCACAAAUUAUAUGUUGAAAUUAUAUUUUGUUAAAAUAUAUAAAGACGUUACGAGUUUAGAGCUUUGAGAUAAAUAAAAUAUGCUUUUGAAGUAAAAGAAUCUAGCUUCAUUCUAAAAUAAAAAUCUUAUUUUUUUAUUUAGGUCAGCAAAAGCAUGCUUUUCGGUUCUGCCUUCACACACGCAUUCAACCAAAUAAAUACAUCACAUAUUUAAACUGUAUUUUAGUUUAAGUUACGAACAAAGUAGAGGUAACGAAUUAGUUUCAACAAUGCACUAAAUAAAAUAAGGUUUUAAUCCGUGGGAACUAAAUUUAAUUGUCUACACUCGCUUUUAGACUCGGAGGAUUUGGUUAGAGUAGACAUUUUGUGACAUUUUGUAUGUGAUCCUGACCGUAGUUUAGACUGCACAACACCCAGUACUUGACCAAAGAUAUUCAUUUAAAUAACAAUAACGUCUUUUCAGUGGUACAGUUUUCUGUAUUAUAUUGGUCUGAGUUUCUUUAUAUUUCGUACUGAAGGUUUGUAUUCGACUGCACAACAGCCAGCAUACUUUUCAAAAGCAAACAAUUAUUAUUUAUAAUAAUUAGUAGGACAGGUUACUGAUAGUAUUCUUAUUGUGUGAUAAUUAAGACGCAGCCUGAAGACUGAAGCUUAAAGUAUACAUAUUUAGAUAUUAAAAUAUUAUAUUCUUAUAUUUAUCGGAUUACUUACACUGUUAAUUUGUAUUAUCAUAAAACAAAUUGAAUAUUUAUAUUGCCUUAAUUUUAGUUUAUAUUUUUUGCUGCAAUAACAUAAAAACUUGCCAAAGGCAAAAUUAUAAAAAUCAUCGGUCAUUACUUUCUAUGUACUAAAAUCGAUGUUAUUAUUUUAUUACACUGAGUGUUAAUAAUUGAUUAUUUUUUGUAAGUAUUGUUAUAAUUUAAGUAUAUAUUGAAACUUAGUUAUUUCACUAUCACUGUGAUGUUUGAGUGCACUUUAAAAGCACGUUCGUGUGGUGAUGUCAUUCGUGCCAUUUUGUAUAUACCGGAAUGUUGUAACAUAUUCAUGUAUAAUUAAAAACAAUUAAUUGCGACUGUCGGAGUGAUCUUUUUCAUUUCUUGAUUUCUGUUUGUUCAAGAUAUAAAUCACAUGUUUUACCGUUAUGAUUUUUUUCAUUUAUAUUCAUAAUCACAAAUAAUUUACUACACUUGCGUAUUAACUAAAACAGACACGCCUUACUAUUUAGUAAAAAACCUGUUUACCUACUAUAAUUUUUUUAUUAUAUUUAUUUCGCGUGUUAUUCUUGAUUCAAAAUUUACGAGAUAGUUUUCAAAAUAAUAUGUUACAUUUUAUUUUAUGUUUUAUAUUGUUGAGGAAUUAAUAAAGUAUUUAGUCAAAUGAAUAUUAGUCUUCUUCCAAUCUUAAAAAUAUGCGUACAACCUGCGGUAAACAAAGAACGUGUGAACAACGUCUAGUAAAUAAGAACAGUCUUAUGUAUGUGUGAUUCAGCUAACACGGACCAAUGUGAAUAAAAAGUUUAUUAAAUUCA